AUGGGUCUAGUCGAUUAUUCCGAAUCCGAAUCGGAGCCCGAGGUUGACGCGCCCAAGCCCGCCGUCAAGGCUGCCCCGAAGAAACCUGCCUUCCAAAAAGUCGUCGAUCGAUCAAACCCGGGCAAAAUCAUCGUCAAUCUCCCCCAAGCCGCCUCUUCCAACGACAAAGGCGCAUCAAAUGGCGAUGGACCACCGGCAAAACGCGCGCGCACUGGUGCUGGUGGCGGGCUCUUUUCUGGCUUCAACUCGUUUCUGCCGCCGCCAAAGAACGCGGCAAAGGCGACGCUGAGCAAACCAUCAAGUAGCCAAGCCCGCCCCAUGGUCAAUCUCAAAACCAGUGCCGAAAAGGGUUUCAGCCGUGAUGAAGAGCCUUCAAACAGCUCUAGCAACGCAGAUGCCGCGCCUGGAGGACUGAGCUUGCCACCUCCUAAACGAUCAGCCGAACCAUCAAUACCGGACACGAUGAAGCCUGCCGAGGAAGUCAAACUUGUGGGGAAGCCGUUGAUGUUUAGGCCUCUCUCUGUUGCGCGGAAUACAAAGAAGAAGCCUAUAAAGAGCACGGCAGCUCAGGCGCCCGCAGCAUCAACAGCGAAAUCAGUAGCGUCAACUCAAGCUGCAACCUCGACAACUAGCACAGCACCAGAACCGGUUGCAGCUCCAGCGCCGCCUCCGAAAAAGACAUCACUAUUCUCAAUACAUGUGGAGGAGCCAUCAGCUCCAGCAUCGGUGUCAGCAGAAAGGGGGGCUUAUGAACCUCUGUUUGAAACUGGAGAAUCCGCCAAUCCAUAUUCUAUGAACGGGCCAGAAGACUAUUCCCAGCAAAUAAACAGUGGUCAGAUGGCUACCACCGCAGCAGAUACGAGGACAGAGUCGUUGGACAGCAUCGCCGAUGAUUUGAAUCUUUCCGCCGCAGCGAGACGAGAGCUGUUUGGAAGGGGAGGUCAAAACCAGACGGCACAGAAACUCAUCAACUUCAACAUGGAUCAGGAAUAUCAACAUAACGAAGAGCUCAGAGCCGCUGGCGAACAACAAACGCACAACCCAGUACGCGCUAUAGCGAGCGGCAAACACAGUCUCCAGCAGUUGGUGCGGAACGUGUCCAACCAGCGGGAGGCCCUGGAGGAGAGCUUUGCAAAAGGCAGAAGCAACCGUCGGGAAGCUUCAAGCCGCUACGGCUGGUAA